AUGGCAGUCAGACUUGAACGGUUUAUCAAUACGACCGGAUUUUUCUUCUUCGCCGUCAUCCUCUUCUGCCUAAUCCUCCUCACCCCGGCAGAUGCCAUCUACCAAUGCUACGAAACACGCCGACUCACCAACAUCUUCUUCAUCACCGGCGCAUACGUAAUUACCUUCCUUCUCACAGUCCUCAUCUACUCGACACGCAUUUACACAAACCGGAACACACUCACCGGCAUCCCGAGAGCCUGGAUUCCCGUUGAGAAGGAAGAUGUGAACAGGAGCGUUAGACGACUGGUCAAGGAAGGCCUCACCCGUAGCGCGGUAAUCGCGUACCAGGCACGUCCACGCGAUAUCGCUGCCGAUGAGGACAACUUCCAAAGCUACAAAGAGCUUCUGGUCGACUCUGAACGACCCCCGUGGGGCCAUGUCGAGCAUCCCGGCUGGUCUUCGCCUGCUUCGCCAGAUCUCCCGGAUCUACCAUAUCGCACGGUCAUCCAGGAAUUGCCUAGCUUAAUUGAAGCUAAAGCUGUCUCCCUUGCCCCGGCGGAUUCGUUAUCUACUGCGUCCCCAGACCCCUUCGGUCCGUCGAAUGACCUUACGACGCAUUCUCUCCCAGAUACGCGUGUGGUGGAAGUGCUGCAACGGCCCGCUUCUAUGGGGUUGAGAGAGUAUAUUCGGCACCUAACAUCCCUGGGAGUAAUCUACCCUGCUGAAUUAGGUGCAGACUUUCUCGCGCAUUACGAACGUGCGCGGUUUUCAUCACGGGAUCUGCAUGAGGCGGAUUUCCGUGAUCUGAUGCAUCUCUUUGCUGAGGUCCUGAGAGGGAUGACCACUCUCGCACCGCCGAUUUUGGAUGAGCUAUAUGACAGCGCAAGCUUCCGACAAGCUUAUACCGACUCUGUCAUCGGGCCUUCAGACGAAGAGGGCGAAACAGAUACUGUCGACAAUUCUGCGUACGAUCGGUCUUUGGGACCAAUGCGCAGCAACAGCCUCCGCCCAUCCAAUGCGUCCACUUGGGACAACCUGUCUAGAUAUGACACUGCACCCGCAAUGCAAAGCCCUAACUCUGGCACGUCAAUUGGAAGCGGCUCUUACAUGGGACCAGGCCCUUUCCGCACGCCUUCUACAAGGUCCCUCCGACAUGUACCAUCGGGUCGGUCUGGCAGCUCGACGGGUAGUGUCAUUCGCCUGACACAGCCACGAGAUCCUACAGAUCUACCUUACACCAUUGACUACGCUGGACGUAGGCAUUGA